GCAAAAUCCCGUGGCCGGAGUCAGCCAACCACGUGACGGCCGCGGCAAAUCAGACGGUUCCAGCAGCUAAAUUCUGCGAGGAGAAGAAAGCGCCGCGCGGCGCCACCAUCCCCAUCGUUCGUCCUCCAGAGAGCAUUGCGAGAGAAGCUGCCCACGCUGAUCGUUUCGGGUGGCUAUAUAUCUGUCCUCUUCUGCCUCUGCAUUUCCAUAGUCGUCCAAGCAGCCACCGGAGACGGCAUCAAAGUGGUUGCACAAGGCAGCAGAGCAUAGCAUGGGGGGCAGAAGGUGGCAGCUGGAUGAUGCCGCUGUGAUCUUCAGGCUCCUACUUCUACACGGCGCCUUCCUCUUCCAAUUGGCAACGUCGCAGUCGUUCAUCGGGGUCAACUACGGGACGAUCGCCGACAACCUGCCGCCCGCGGCGUCGACGGCGAGCCUGCUCAUGUCGACGUCCAUCGGCAAGCUCCGCCUCUACGAGCCGCAGCCGGACCUCGUCGCGGCGCUCGCGGGCUCCGACAUCUCCAUCCUCCUGGGCGUCCCCAACUCCGACGUCCCGGGCCUCGCCGCCUCCCCGGCCGCCGCGGCGUCGUGGGCGGCCGCCAACAUCCCCACCACGGUGUCCGUCUCCGCCAUCUCGGUCGGCAACGAGCUCCUCAACUCCGGCGACCCCACGCUGGGCCCGCAGCUCCUCCCCGCCAUGCAGAACCUCCUGGCCGCGCUCCCCGCCGGCUCGACCACCAAGGUCUCCACGGUGCACUCGAUGGCGGUGCUGGCGGCGUCGGACCCGCCGUCGUCCGGCGCGUUCCACCCGGACCUCGCCGGCAGCCUGGACCCGGUGCUGGACUUCCUGCGGCAGAACGGCUCGCCGUUCAUGAUCAACCCGUACCCGUACUUCGCGUACGCGUCGGACACGCGGGACGAGACGCUGGCCUUCUGCCUGUUCCAGCCCAACCCGGGGCGCGCGGACGCCGCGUCGGGGCUGACCUACAUGAACAUGUUCGACGCGCAGCUCGACGCCGUCCGCGCGGCGCUGGACGGCAAGGGGUACGCGGGCGUGGACAUCGUCAUCGCCGAGACCGGGUGGCCGUACAGGGGGGACGCCGACGAGGCCGGCGCCACGCCGGACAACGCCAGGGCGUACAACGGCAACCUCGUGGCGCACCUCAGGUCGCAGGUGGGCACGCCGCGGACGCCUGGCAGGUCGGUGGACACGUACCUCUUCGCGCUCUACGACGAGGACCUCAAGCCCGGGCCAGUGUCGGAGCGGUCGUUCGGGCUGUACCAGGCCGACCUCACCGCCAACUACGACAUCGGGCUCGCCAAAGGCAGCGCCAGCCCCAGCACGUCCGGCCAGAUCGGCGUCACCGCAGCUCCGGCGCAGGGUGCGCCGCAGGCAACGAGGGGGGCGACGCCGGCGGGGUACUGUGUGACGACGGGCAGCGUGCCGGGGGACGCGCAGCAGGAGAGCAGCUCGUGCUACGUCCCGGGAACAGCAGCACCGCCGAGAGCUGACGCCGGCGUGCCGCUGCUUGUCUUGUUUGGUGUUUUGCUGGGCCUGGCAAUGGUGGCCGAAAGUAGAUGAGUGCAUAGAUGAUCGUUUUCUGAAUGGAACUCGCAUG